UAUUCACCACUAGCCUUUGGAUUCUGUGAAUAUAAGGAGCCUGAAUCUACCCUUCGUGCACUCAGAUUAUUGCAUGACCUGCAGAUUGGAGAGAAAAAGCUACUUGUUAAAGUUGAUGCAAAGACAAAGGCACAACUAGAUGAAUGGAAAGCAAAGAAGAAAGCUUCUAAUGGGAAUGCCAGACCAGAAACUGUCACUAAUGAUGAUGAAGAAGCAUUGGACGAAGAAACAAAGAGAAGAGAUCAGAUGAUUAAAGGGGCCAUUGAAGUUUUAAUACGUGAAUACUCCAGUGAGCUAAAUGCCCCUUCUCAGGAAUCUGACUCUCACCCCAGGAAGAAGAAGAAGGAAAAGAAAGAGGACAUUUUCCGCAGAUUUCCAGUGGCCCCACUGAUCCCUUAUCCACUCAUCACAAAGGAGGAUAUAAAUGCCAUAGAAAUGGAAGAAGACAAAAGAGAUCUGAUAUCCCGAGAGAUCAGCAAAUUCAGAGACACACACAAGAAACUGGAAGAAGAGAAAGGCAAAAAGGAAAAAGAAAGACAGGAAAUUGAGAAAGAACGGAGAGAAAGAGAGAGGGAGCGUGAAAGGGAACGAGAAAGGCGAGAACGGGAACGAGAAAGGGAAAGAGAACGUGAACGAGAAAAGGAGAAGGAACGGGAGCGGGAACGAGAACGGGAUAGGGACCGUGACCGGACAAAGGAGAGAGACCGAGAUCGGGAUCGAGAAAGAGAUCGUGACCGGGAUCGAGAAAGGAGCUCAGAUCGUAAUAAGGAUCGGAGUCGAUCAAGAGAAAAGAGCAGAGAUCGAGAAAGGGAACGGGAACGGGAAAGAGAAAGAGAGCGAGAACGGGAGCGAGAGCGAGAACGGGAGCGCGAGAGAGAGCGAGAAAGAGAACGGGAGCGGGAAAGAGAGAAGGACAAGAAGCGAGACCGAGAAGAGGAUGAAGAAGAUGCAUAUGAACGAAGGAAACUUGAACGGAAACUCCGAGAGAAAGAAGCUGCUUAUCAAGAGCGCCUUAAGAAUUGGGAAAUCAGAGAACGGAAAAAAACCAGGGAAUAUGAGAAAGAGGCUGAAAGAGAAGAAGAAAGAAGAAGAGAAAUGGCUAAAGAGGCUAAGAGACUAAAAGAAUUCUUAGAAGACUACGAUGAUGAUAGAGAUGAUCCCAAAUAUUACAGGGGGAGUGCUCUUCAGAAAAGGUUGCGUGAUAGGGAAAAGGAAAUGGAAGCAGAUGAACGAGACAGAAAGAGAGAGAAGGAAGAGCUUGAGGAAAUCAGGCAACGACUUCUGGCGGAAGGACAUCCAGAUCCUGAUGCAGAACUCCAGAGGAUGGAACAAGAGGCUGAGAGGCGUAGACAGCCACAAAUAAAGCAAGAACCAGAAUCAGAGGAAGAAGAAGAAGAAAAGCAAGAAAAAGAAGAAAAACGAGAAGAACCCAUGGAAGAAGAAGAAGAACCAGAACAAAAGCCUUGUCUCAAACCUACUCUGAGGCCCAUCAGCUCUGCCCCAUCUGUUUCCUCUGCUAGUGGCAAUGCAACACCAAACACUCCUGGGGAUGAGUCUCCAUGUGGUAUUAUUAUUCCUCACGAAAACUCACCAGACCAACAGCAGCCUGAGGAGCAUAGGCCAAAAAUAGGACUAAGUCUUAAACUGGGUGCUUCUAAUAGUCCUGGGCAACCUAAUUCUGUGAAGCGAAAGAAACUACCUGUAGAUAGUGUCUUUAACAAAUUUGAGGAUGAAGACAGUGAUGAUGUACCCCGAAAAAGGAAACUGGUUCCUUUGGAUUAUGGUGAAGAUGAUAAAAAUGCUGCCAAAGGCACUGUAAACACCGAAGAAAAGCGCAAACACAUUAAGAGUCUAAUUGAGAAAAUCCCUACAGCCAAACCUGAACUCUUUGCUUAUCCCCUGGAUUGGUCUAUUGUGGAUUCUAUACUGAUGGAGCGACGAAUUAGACCAUGGAUCAAUAAGAAAAUCAUAGAAUACAUAGGGGAAGAAGAGGCUACAUUAGUUGAUUUUGUUUGUUCUAAGGUUAUGGCUCAUAGUUCACCUCAAAGCAUUUUAGAUGAUGUUGCUAUGGUAAGUUAGAAAUGUACUCCUCCUUUAUCUGUGU